CCACCCUCCUCCCGUGCAGCGGCCCUCUCCCUCCUCCAUUUCACCCCCCCCCACCGCCACAGCCGCCGCCAUACGGCUACCAUGGAACCACCACCACGGGGUCCACCACUUUCAAGAACCACCUCCAACACCCUCCCUACCACGCUCCUGAACAAAUAUGAACUCGGUAAGUUAUUAGGCCGCGGCAGUUUCGCUAAAGUUUAUGCGGCUCGUUCUUUAGCUGAUAAUAAUAAACUUGUGGCAAUAAAGAUAAUCGAUAAAACACGAACCAUAGACGCCGCUAUGGAGCCGAGGAUUAUUUGUGAGAUCUCCGCUAUGCGUAGACUGCAACACCAUCCUAAUAUCUUGAAGAUCCAUGAAGUUAUGGCUACCAAGACCAAAAUCUACCUUGUCAUGGAACUUGCAUUAGGCGGUGAGUUGUUUUCUAAGGUCUUUCAACGCGGUAAGCUCAGUGAAUCUAAGGCUAGACGUUACUUUCAACAACUCGUGUCUGCUUUGCAUUUUUGUCACCAAAAUGGCGUUGCUCAUCGCGAUGUCAAGCCUCAGAAUCUGCUUCUUGAUGCUAAUGGUAAUCUUAAAGUGUCGGAUUUUGGGCUCUCAGCUUUGGCUGAGGCCCAGAAUGAUGGUAGUACUGUUCUUCAAACGGCUUGUGGUACACCGGCUUUCACGGCCCCAGAGGUUAUGGCAAGACGGGGAUAUGACGGAGCUCAAUCGGAUGCUUGGUCUUGUGGGGUGAUAUUGUUCUUUUUAUUAUCUGCUCAAUUGCCGUUUGAUGAUACUAAUCUUGCAGUUAUGUAUAAAAAGAUUCAUAAAAGAGACUACCAAAUGCCUUCCGCUUCAAAAUCAGCUAAAUCGAUUAUUAUGCAGCUUCUCGAUCCGAAUCCGAGUACAAGGAUGAGCAUAGAACAACUAAUGAAACAUUCUUGGUUCUUGAAGAAUUAUGAAUUACCAACUCAAAAUAGUAUGUUUGAGUUAGAACAAACAAAAUGUUGUAAAUUUGAUACUUCUACUGUUACUGCAUUUGAUAUCAUAUCUUUGUCUUCUGGAUUGGAUUUAUCGGGGCUUUUUGAGGCUACAAAUAGAAGAGAGAAGAGAUUUACCUCGAUGGAGAAAGUGGAGAGAAUUAUGGAGAGAGUGAGAGAGGUUGGUGGGAGAUUGGGAUAUAGAAUUGAAGAAGGGAAAAGUGGGGCAAUUGGGCUGGGGAAAGGAAGGGUGGCUUUGAUGUUUGAGGCGUUGGAAAUAGCAGAGCAAUUGAUGGUGGUGGAAGUGAAGGUGGUUGAGGGUGGUGGUGUGGAGUUUGAGGAGGUUCAGUGGGUGGAGUUGAAAGAUGGGCUUCAAGAUGUGGUGCUUAAUUGGCAUAAUGAUGCUAUGUGAAAGAGAAGGAUCUAUGAUCUGGUGGUGAUCUUUGGUUGCUCUUGGUGGUGGUGGUGGGGGGGUUGGGUCGAUGGAACAUGGAUGGAAUACACUGGCUGAUCUAUGAUCUAUGUACAUGGGAAAAUUCUUUAGUUUCAAUCUAGAUUUUAAUUUAGUGCUUAGUUUGUGUUAGGAUGGAUCAUAUGAUCCCUGUGGCUUUUAAUUAUGUAAAUGUAGUCUUAAUCUUAGUUGGAUUGAGAUUUUGAUUUUUGCUUGUGA